UCGGCGCAGGCGCUGUCUCGCAGACGGGUCGCGCCGAGGGACAGGCCGUGCUGACGCGCUCCGUUUUCUGCGAGGGAAAGGCCGGGUUUCAGACAAAAGGGGGGGAGGCGGGCAGGGAACAUCCGGGUCAUUCGCCGCCGCCGCCUGAAUCCGGGACACGCGCGGGGGUUGCUGCCGCUGCCGCCUCCGCCUCCGGGGCGCUUCACGAGUCCGUCGACCAUGUCUGGGAUCGCGCUCAGCCGCCUGGCGCAGGAGAGGAAGGCUUGGAGGAAGGACCACCCGUUCGUAAGUGGCGGGGGCGGGCGGGCGAGGGCGGCGGGGCGGGCGGGCGGGCGGGCGUCGCGGCUAACCUCCGGCUCCUUGCAGGGCUUCGUGGCGGUGCCCACCAAGAACCCCGACGGCACCAUGAACCUCAUGAACUGGGAGUGCGCGAUUCCGGGCAAGAAAGGGACCCCGUGGGAAGGCGGCCUGUUCAAGCUACGGAUGCUGUUCAAGGACGACUAUCCCUCCUCGCCGCCGAAAUGCAAAUUUGAGCCACCCUUAUUCCAUCCAAACGUGUAUCCUUCAGGCACAGUCUGUCUGUCUAUCUUAGAAGAGGAUAAGGAUUGGAGGCCUGCAAUCACAAUUAAACAAAUCUUGUUAGGAAUUCAAGAACUCCUAAAUGAACCAAAUAUCCAGGACCCGGCUCAAGCAGAGGCUUACACAAUCUACUGCCAAAACAGAGUGGAAUAUGAAAAGAGGGUUCGAGCACAAGCCAAGAAGUUUGCUCCAUCAUAAGCUCCUGUCAUCCACAUCUUUAAAGGAAGGGAUUAAUUGGCAAGAACUUGUUUACAAAACUUUUGCAAAUCUAAUGUCGCUAUGUACAAUUAAUAGUCAUUUAGGGGAAGGGAUUAUAUGUGUGCCAUUUUCCAUAUUCACCACUUGUAUACAGUUCUAAACUUGCUCAAUUGUCCCCAGUUUUUCAUACAGGGUCUCUUCCUUCAGUCUUUUGUAUUUUUGAUUGUUAUGUAAAACUUGCUUUUAUUUUAAUAUUGAUGUCAGUAUUUCAACUGCUGUAAACUAUAAACUUUUAUACUUCUAUAAAUUCACUAGUAUCUCUAGUUUCUUUGCUCUCAGAUGCAGGCACGCUUUAAAAUGUUUUUUUUGGGGGGGGGGGGGGGUUGUUUUUUUUGUUUUGUUUUUUGGCCUCUACUUGGUUGGUAAGAAAAAAAAACCAUGUCCUCCAUUUAUUUCCUUUUGUUUUCUACCAAUAAGGAAUUAGAUUGUUGCAUAAAUGCCUUGGAUCCAAAGUCAGCCGCAUCUUGAUUCUGCAUCACCUCCUUUGUGUUCAUGGAGUUUUGUCUGUGUUGCUGUUUAGAGUAAAUAAACUGUUUCUAUAAAG